AAAGGAGAAGAAGAAGAAGCCCUUACUUGAAUUGAAGACAGACAAAAAAAAAAAACAAUUAAAUUAUUGAAAAAAUCCAAUGCUUCUGCUCUGCUGAUCCAAAAUCAAAGAGGCUGUUUAUAGCUUUGACUUGAAGAAAUGAGUGAUUUGACAACAGAGAAGGAAGAAGAUUCAAUAAAGUUAUUCAAUUGAUUUGGGGAUUAAUUGAGAGGAUAAGGAAUCUAUUUGAGGCAUCUUUCUUUGGGAUCUUGGAGCUGAAUCCGUUGGGGUGUGUGGACAGAAGAAAAGAAAGGAUCUUUCUUGGUACUGUGUUCUUUUUUCAGUUUCAUGUGAUUCAUUGGAGAAAGUGGUAAAAAAAAAAAGAAGAAGCAGCAGAGAGCAGAGGUAUUGUCAAAGUCUGUGAGUUUUUUUGUAUUCAUCUGCAAUCAAAGGGUGAGAGAGUCUUUGGUUCUUGUCUUGAUUUCCAACUUGGUGGGGGCAUUCUCAAAAUAAUGCAAAGCUAGAAACUUGGUAUCUUCCAGAAUCUAUUCAGCCCUUUUUUUUAUCUAUCUCUCCAACAAAGUACAGUUUUCUCUGAGGAUUGUGUUCUUCUUCUAAAGAGAAAACACAACAGGGUCAAGAAAAUCUCUUUGCAUUCUCCUCUCUUCUCUUCUUUCUUUCUGGGGUAUUGUAAUCUUCAAAUGAGUCGACUUCAGAAGCGAGGGAAGCAGGAAAAGCCUCUUGUAUCUGAUGGAGCUCAAAAGGUUAUUGUGGCUGUUAAAGCCUCUAGGGAGAUUCCAAAGACAGCCUUGAUUUGGGCUUUGACUCAUGUCGUUCAGCCUGGGGAUUGCAUUACCCUCAUUGUUGUUGUCCCUUCUCACAACUCUGGACGAAAGCUUUGGGGUUUCACUAGGAGUUUCCCUAUGUUUGCUGGGGAUUGUGCAAGUGGCCAUCGGAAAUCACAUUCUGAAGCACUACCUGAGAUAAAGAGUGAUCUCACUGACACUUGUUCCCAAAUGAUUCUCCAGCUUCACGAUGUAUAUGAUCCCAAUAAGAUAAAUGUCAAGAUUAAGAUUGUUUCUGGAUCACCCUACGGAGCAGUUGCUUCUGAGUCAAAGAAAGCCCAAGCAAACUGGGUAGUACUGGACAAACACCUCAAACAGGAAGAGAAACGGUGUAUGGAUGAAUUACAGUGUAACAUUGUGGUAAUGAAGCGUUCUCAGGCAAAAGUUUUACGCUUAAACUUGGUUGGAUCGCCUAAGAAGGAUGCUGACAAAGAGUCUCCUUUACCAACUGGACCAGAAGCAGCGUCUGAAAAACAAGCCAAGAACUCAAAAGGACUACCUGUAACUCCUACUAGCAGCCCUGAGCUGGGGACACCAUUCACAAGUACAGAAGCGGGGACUUCAUCAGUGUCGAGCUCUGAUCCGGGAACUUCACCUUUUUUCACACUGGGAAUGAACGGAUACAUGAAGAAGGAUGGAUCAUUGGUUAUCAAGGAAAAUGAUGAUGAUUCUGGCGCUGAAACGGAGAGUGAAAAUCAGUCAUUAGCGUCGACGAGUAUGAGAUUUCAGCCAUGGAUAUCAGAAUAUAUUAGCAACCAUCGCCAGUCAUCGCAGGAGGCUGAAGAUAGCCUAUGGAAAAAUGAUGAUAGGGCACAAAUUUCCACUACAAAAGCCUUGCUUGAAAAGUUCUCUAAACUUGAUGUAGAAGCUGGCUUGUCGUCUAGUCGAAGGAUUGAUAUGGAAUUUAGUGGAAGCCUAAGAGAUGCAAUAUCACUCUCUCGAAGUGCUCCCCCUGGUCCUCCUCCUCUCUGUUCUAUCUGCCAGCACAAGGCACCAGUAUUUGGGAAACCUCCAAGGCUGUUUUCAUACGCAGAGUUAGAGCUUGCAACAGGUGGGUUUUCACAGGCUAACUUUUUGGCUGAAGGUGGUUAUGGAUCUGUUCAUCGUGGUGUGCUACCGGAAGGUCAGGUAGUUGCAGUGAAGCAACACAAACUGGCCAGUUCUCAGGGAGAUGUAGAGUUUUGCUCCGAAGUGGAAGUUCUCAGCUGUGCUCAGCAUAGAAAUGUCGUUAUGCUAAUUGGUUUCUGCAUUGAAGACAGCAGACGGCUCCUGGUCUACGAAUACAUAUGCAACGGUUCACUUGAUUCCCAUCUAUAUGGUCGCCAAAAGGAAACUCUGGAAUGGUCAGCACGGCAAAAGAUUGCCGUUGGAGCUGCUAGAGGUCUUCGGUAUCUUCACGAA